AUGGCUGAUGACCCUGAAGCUCUGGCCGCGAAGGUCGCCCAUUUGCAGACCAUGGUCAAUCGAGCUAAGAAUAGAGAGGUCCCGGAAGCCGAUACUUCCUACGCAUAUCAGCAGAGCCAUCCAUAUCCCUCCAGAGGCUCUAGAGGAGGAUCCGGACGCUCCAGAGGUACAUACCGAGGCAGAGGUGGUGGUAGAUCUCCUGUGUAUCGAAACAACAGUCUUGUCCUAAAUGGAGCUGCAACACCCCAAGCUACCGCGAAUGAAAAUACGCCUCCAGCUACCACCGGAGCCAAGAAAGAGUGGACAACCAAGCCUACGAGACAGAGCCUCCAACUUAUCAAGGGCGAUGUCUUCGAGAAAGUUCACGCACAGUCAAGAGAGCAAUCAAGAAAGCAAAAAUUGAAGGUCAAGGAGCAACGAGAGCAAGCUAGGAUCGAAAAAGAGCUACAAAUCUUGGAUUCUCGUAGCAUAAUGAUUCAGGAUAUUCGAUUCCAGGUUAUGAGUAGAGGCAAGAAGCUUUACAGACUUCCAGGUGGCGAUAUUAAAAAGGCUACCCCCAAGCUGGCAAUUGUUGCGGGUGUCAAAUUCCUUAGGAGCAAGAACGGUCAUUUGUAUCGCGACUCUUCUCUUAGGCUUUUCCGGAUCGACAAACAAAAGGCUAUCGCGAAGCCAUGCCGCCAGUUCAGCAUUACGGGUUCAUGCUCAAAAGGCCCAGACUGUCCGUUUAUCCAUGACCCCUUAAAGGUGGCAGUGUGUCACACGUUCGUUAAGACAGGAGAAUGUCCAAGUGGAGAUUCCUGUGAUCUUUCACAUGAACUGACCCCACAGAGAAUGCCUGCUUGCAUGCAUUUCUUACGAGGAAACUGCAACAAAGCAAACUGUCGUUAUUCACAUGUGCGAGUCUCACCAACUGCACUUGUCUGCAAACCAUUCGGCAACUAUGGCUACUGCGAGAAAGGUUUGAGCUGCAGUGAACGCCAUGUCAACGAGUGCCCUGCCUUCAGCAACACAGGUACAUGCCCAGUCACCGGAUGCCAGCGACCUCACAGACACAAGGCGAGCAACAUGCGAGCCAAAAAUGCACGUGCCGAGGAACCCUGCCAGGCCGACGAAGAUCACAUCUCAAGUGAUGAGGACGCUGAUUCUGACGUUGACUCUGACGAAGUUGAAGAGUUCUUUGGUGAUGAAGAUGGAGUGGUUGAUCAGGAUAUCCCAAAUCAGCAGGAUUACGUUACGAUCAGAACUUAG